AUGGCAAUCUCCACCGAUCUCCCAGGCGUCACCGUCACCAUCACAAUCAACGACCAAGCCCUACCAGAACACAUUCUCCCAGACCUAGACCAAGUCGCACGCACCACCGACCGUCUCGUCGAAGCACAAUCCAACCAAGUCUUCGAGAUCCAGAUGAACGCCGACCCCUCCACAACUUUCCACGGCAGUCAACUCGCCUUCAAAAUCUUCGUUGAUGGCAGAUACAUCGAAACACCACUCAUCAGUCAAGUCCUCUCCGUCAUCCCAGGAGGCUGGACGGAGAAGAGCGAAGGAAUGCACGUCUCUCCAGGCCAGGUUCGGAAGUAUCAUUUCAUGGAUCUGGUCGCUGUUGCAGAGAACACGACAUCUCUUACCUCUCGCUCGACCUCGAUGCGUUCGGCAAUCUCUCGAGCUUCAAGCUCCGCCCCAAUGUCGACCGGCUUGCCGACGCCACCAACCUCCUCCGUUGGACAAGCAUCGAGAUCUGCAAGCUCGGCACCAUCUCGACCUCGACGUAUACUGUCUGAGAUCAGUAUCACUCCAAGCAUGAGUUCCGAGCCAGACCUCUCGGGAGAUCUCCCACAUCCUCCUCGCAUGUACAACUACAGCGACCGCGAACUCGCAGAGCUAGGAACGAUUAAAAUCGUCGUCUCUCACGUCAAUCUCGCUGAGUCGAUCGGCUUUUCGCCACCUUCAAGCUACUCGAGCGUUCGACAAAUCGCAGAGAAAGGCAAGGGGAAAGUCAGCCAGAAAGUUGGGUUCACUGCUCCGCAGAAAACCGCGGCGGUUUCGACUUUUGGAACCACGGAUGUUGCGGGAGUGGAGAAUCCUGUUGCGAGUUUUAUUUUUCAUUAUCGUGCGAAGGAGGCGAUUGAAGCUUUUCUCGCGCUUUCGAAGGUAGAGGAAGGGACGGGAAUUAAGGUGGAGGGAGGUGAAGAGGCUGAGGUGAAGAGAGAGGAAUUUUCUUCAACGGCUGGUGAGAGCGCCCCGAUUAAAGAGGAGGAGGGGGAGGAGGAGGAUGGGACGGUAAAGCGAGAUGGGACCGGUUUGGAAGCAAUUCCAGAGUUCGUCGAGCCGCUUGAAGAGGGAAGCUCUGCGAAGCAAGAGGCUGAGACUGCUCCACGUCUAGACUUGGUUUCUGGCGACAAAGACCCGGAGCCGCAAGAGCAAGGCGCUCACGCAGCAAAAGAAGUAGCUGCUGAGGCCGAGGGCGAAGAAGCCAACGACCCAUCCAAGAAGCGCAAGCAAUCCCAAACUCAGGAUGCCAACCCCAAAUCCGCCCGUUUUGAAGCUCAGGAUGACGCUGAUGGGGAGAAGUGA